UGUUUAAUCUCAAUCAGGUUUUUCAGCUUGAACGGUUAGAAUGCAAUCUAUAAAAACUGCAGAUUUGCCGGAAAACCCGCGAGAACAUGCGAAUUUUAUUUCGGCAGCAUGUUUUUGGUACACCAUGCCCACCUUCCUGAAGGGACGCAAGAAAGUGCUCGAAACUGAGGAUCUCUUUAAAGCUUUGAAGGAACACAAAUCAGAAACCCUUGGCAAUGAGUUGUGCGAUGCCUGGGAGCGGGAGCUGCAGAAGAAGCAGGAGCCAAGUCUGCUGCGUGCCCUGUUGCGCGUCUUUGGCCUCCACUUUGGCAUGCUCGGCCUGGUGCUGUUCAUGCUGGAGCUGGGCCUGCGCACGGUACAGCCGCUGUGUCUGCUGAAGUUGAUCUCGUAUUACACCUACGACGCGGAGUCUAAAGAGAACGCCUAUUACUAUGCGGCGGGCGUGGUCGCGUGCAGCGCCCUGAAUGUCAUCAUUAUGCAUCCCUAUAUGCUGGGCACAAUGCAUGUGGGCAUGAAGAUGCGCGUCGCCCUUUGCAGCAUGAUCUAUCGGAAAUCGUUGCGGCUAAGCAAGACGGCUCUGGGGGACACGACAGCCGGGCACAUUGUGAAUCUGAUGUCGAACGAUGUGGGGCGCCUGGAUUUGGCGACAAUAUUUGUUCAUUACCUGUGGGUGGGGCCGCUGCAAACGCUGUUCAUCACGUACCUCAUGUAUUUGGAGAUUGAAAUCGCUGCCGUCUUUGGUGUGGCAUUCAUGCUGCUCUUCAUACCCCUGCAGGCGUGGCUGGGCAAGAAGACGUCGGUGCUGCGGCUGCGUACAGCAUUGCGUACAGAUGAGCGUGUUAGGAUGAUGAAUGAGAUCAUUGCUGGCAUUCAGGUGAUCAAGAUGUAUGCCUGGGAAUUGCCCUUUGAGACCAUGGUGGCAUUCGCUCGCAAGAAGGAAAUCAAUGCUAUACGACAUGUCUCCUAUAUACGUGGCAUUCUGCUAUCCUUCAUCGUAUUCUUGACGCGCGUGUCCAUCUUUCUGAGUCUGGUCGGCUACGUGCUCCUGGGCACAUUCCUAACGCCCGAGGUGGCUUUUGUGAUAACGGCUUACUAUAAUAUAUUGCGCACCACCAUGACUGUGUUCUUUCCGCAAGGCAUCUCCCAGAUGGCCGAGGCAUUGAUUUCAGUCAAGCGCGUUCAAACCUUUAUGCAGUACGAGGAGACAGAUGUUGUGGACAAAUCCUUGGAGGCGCCCCUCGUGUCGCCGGGUAGCAAUCAGACGACAGUUCACUCCAAGCUAGAACAGGAGACAGAGGAUGCCAAGGAGAAACUGCUGACGCCAACAAAACUUCCGCACAUCAAUGAGAAUGCCGUGCUCUCCGAAGCGCAAAUUUCCAUCAAUGCAUUGAAGGCCAAGUGGGAUAUCAGCUCACCGGAUUACACCCUCAAUGGGGUCAAUUUACGUGUUCAGCCGGGCACUAUGCUCGGCAUUGUGGGACGCACAGGUGCUGGCAAAUCCAGCUUGAUUCAGGCUAUACUGGGAGAGCUGCGAGCGGAGUCGGGCGAGAUCCGGGUGAAUGGCACCUUCUCCUAUGCAUCCCAGGAGCCCUGGCUCUUCACUGGUACUGUGCGACAGAAUAUUCUGUUUGGCCAGGCCAUGGACAGGCGUCGCUAUGCGCAGGUGGUGAAGAACUGUGCGCUGGAGCGUGACUUUGAGCUGUUGCCGUAUGGCGACAAGACGAUUGUGGGUGAACGUGGUGCCUCGCUGUCGGGUGGACAGAAGGCGCGCAUUAGCCUGGCCCGCGCUGUCUAUCGUCAGACGGCCAUCUAUUUGCUGGACGAUCCACUCAGCGCCGUCGAUCCGCAUGUGGCGCGUCAUCUCUUCGAGAAAUGCAUGCGUGGCUUCUUACGGGAUAGAAUUGUAAUCCUCGUCACCCACCAGCUGCAAUUCCUGCAGCAUGCGGAUCAGAUUGUCAUUCUCGAUAAGGGACAAGUGAGCGCUGUGGGCACAUACGAAUCGCUGCGCGAAUCGGGUCUAGACUUUGCUGCAAUGCUAGCGGAUUCGUCGCGCGAUGAGCAUGGCAAUGAGGAGCGCUCACGCUCCAGAUCGGGCUCGGCCAGCGACAAGCGAAGGAACAGCGAGCAAUCGCUUCUCUCGCUGGCCGAUUCCUGUGUGGACGAGGCAACUGUUGCCCAAAUGCACGUGCAGGAGUCACAGGAACAGGGACGCAUCGGACUGGCCCUCUACAAUAAGUACUUCAAGGCAGGCGGCGGCAUCUUUGCGUUCAUUGUCAUGGCGAGCUUCUGUGUGCUCUCCCAGGUGAUGGCCUCACUGGGCGACUAUUUUCUGUCAUAUUGGGUGGCCAAGAAGGGCAACGUGAGAGGCAUGAAUAACAACAGCACCCUCUUGUCUGAUUCAGCUCCUUCGGGCGUUGCCAACGACACCAUCACAAUGGAGUCGGAACAUGUUCUCGAAUCUCGUCUCAGCAGUUGGCUCAACGAGUUGGGCUGGUCCGUGGACGCUGAGCGGCUGGAUACCUAUAUAUUCACACUGAUUAUCAUUGCCACCAUUACCGUCACCCUCGCCCGCUCGUUUCUGUUCUUCAAUCUGGCCAUGAAGGCAUCCACGAAGCUGCACAAUUUAAUGUUUCGCGGCAUCACACGUGCGGCCAUGUAUUUUUUCAAUACGAACCCAUCGGGUCGUAUAUUGAAUCGCUUCUCCAAGGAUAUGGGUCAAGUGGAUGAGAUACUGCCAGCUGUGAUGAUGGAUGUCAUACAAAUCUUUCUAGCACUCGGUGGCAUUGUUAUUGUCAUCGCCAUUGUGAAUCCAUUGUUUCUCAUUCCCACCGUGGUGUUGGGCAUUAUUUUCUAUCAGCUGCGCACGUUCUAUCUGAAAACGUCACGGAAUAUUAAACGCUUGGAGGCCAUUACUCGCUCACCCAUCUACUCGCACAUGACUGCCUCGCUGACGGGCUUGUCCACCAUUCGCGCCUUUGGAGCCCAGCGGGUGUUGAUCAGCGAAUUCGAUAAUCACCAGAAUCUUCACAGCUCAGCCUUUUAUAUGUUCAUUAGUACAUCGCGUGCCUUCGGCUAUUGGCUGGACUGUUUCUGUGUCAUCUACAUUGCCAUUGUUACGCUCAGCUUUUUCAUCUUUCCUCCCGCCAACGGCGGCGAAGUUGGUCUGGCCAUAACGCAGGCCAUGGGCAUGACGGGCAUGGUGCAGUGGGGCAUGCGUCAAUCGGCGGAGCUGGAGAACACAAUGACCGCUGUGGAGCGUGUCGUCGAAUACGAGGAUAUUGAACCGGAGGGCGCUUUGGAAGCACCGGCUGACAAGAAACCGCCUGCCAGCUGGCCCGAGCGCGGUCAGAUUGCAUUUGAAGAUCUCAGCUUGCGCUAUUUUCCCGAUCCCAAAUCAGAAAACGUGCUCAAGUCGCUUAACUUCGUUAUCAAAGCGCGCGAGAAGGUGGGCAUUGUGGGUCGGACAGGUGCUGGCAAAUCGUCUUUGAUUAAUGCCCUGUUUCGUCUGUCGUACACCGAUGGCUCCAUUCUAAUCGAUAAACGGGACACCCAAGCAAUGGGUCUGCAUGACCUGCGCAGCAAGAUAUCGAUUAUACCCCAGGAGCCGGUUUUGUUCUCCGGCACAAUGCGCUACAAUCUGGAUCCCUUUGAUGAGUAUAGCGAUAGCAAGCUGUGGUCUUCCUUGGAAGAAGUGAAGCUAAAGGAUGUUGUGGCUGAGCUCUCCAGCGGGCUGCUGAGCAAAAUAACGGAGGGCGGCACGAACUUCAGCGUGGGCCAACGUCAAUUGGUUUGCUUGGCGCGUGCCAUUUUACGUGAGAAUCGUAUAUUGGUCAUGGACGAGGCCACCGCCAAUGUGGACCCCCAAACGGAUGCACUCAUUCAGGCCACCAUCAGGAAUAAGUUCAAGGACUGUACUGUACUUACCAUUGCCCACAGGCUGCACACGAUCAUGGAUUCGGAUAAGGUGCUCGUCAUGGAUGCUGGCCAAGUGGUUGAAUUCGGGGCACCAUAUGAACUAUUAACCAGUGCAGAGAGCAAGGUGUUCCACGACAUGGUCAAGCAGACGGGUAAAGCAACUUACGACAAUCUGCUCCAAGUGGCCAAAAAGGCAUUCGAGGCAGCACAGCAAUCUCGCAGGUUAUCGUCGUAAGAUUCAAGAUUCUUUGGUGUAUUUCUUCAAGUGUAGGCCGGUCCUUCGAUUGUAAAUAAAUUCAUCCAAUUCCAGUUUAUAAUACAAUAUUCCUAAACAUUUUAUGUGUACUUGUGUAUGUGCCUAUGCAUUGAAUUUUGAAUUGUUAAUGUUUAUAUAUUUGUAUAUGUAUGUUAAGUGUAAAACUGUAAGGAACA